AUGAGCUGGGAACAAACCAAAUUUGCAUUGAGUGCCAGAUCAAAGGGUACCUACCUUAUCACUGAUGAAGUCCUUUCCAAUAUCCCACAAAUCAAGAACUAUAAAGUCGGACUUUUGCACUUAUUCUUACAGCAUACCAGUGCUGGGUUGACAUUGAACGAAAAUUGUGACCCUGAUGUAAGGGAAGACUUUACCAAUUCCAUGGACAGAAUGGUUCCUGAGGGAGACUUUUACAUCCAUGCUGAUGAGGGUCCGGAUGACAUGCCAGGGCACGUCAAGAGUUCUACCAUCGGUGUCAGUUUGAGUAUUCCUAUCAGCAAUGGAAGAUUGGCUCUCGGCACAUGGCAAGGAAUCUACCUUUGCGAAUUCAGAACAUACAGGCAUACCAGAAAGAUUGUUGCAACGAUCAAUGGAUCCAAGGACUGA